AUGAGGCUUGUGAAUAUCCGCAUAGGCCUGAUCUCGGCGGCCACUUUAUUAGUGUCGUUGAUGGCCACUGCAUCAGCACAGACGUGCGCUCUCCCAUCGACCUAUCGCUGGACAUCAAGCGGAGCGUUGGCAAGCCCAAAGUCAGGAUGGGCAUCACUCAAGGACUUUACCAGCAUUGUGUACAACGGGAAGCAUAUCGUGUACGCAACUUUUCAUGACACCGGGUCUACAUGGGGCUCUCUCGGCUUUAGCGCCUUCACCAACUGGGCUGAUAUGGCCUCGGCGAGCCAGACCCAGAUGACAACGAGCACGGUCGCGCCCACCAUCUUCUAUUUCGCACCGAAGAGCGUCUGGGUGCUUGCCUACCAAUGGGGUCCGACUACGUUCAGUUACCGCACUUCAAGUGAUCCUACCAAUGUGAAUGGGUGGUCCGCAGCGCAGUCAUUGUUUACGGGAACCAUUUCCGGGAGCAGCACCGGCGCUAUCGACCAGACUCUUAUUGGCGAUAGCACGAAUAUGUAUCUAUUCUUCGCAGGAGACAACGGCAAGAUAUACCGAGCUAGCAUGCCUAUCGGGAAUUUCCCAGGCAACUUCGGCACAGCCUCCACAGUAGUCUUGAGCGAUACGACCAAUAACUUGUUCGAGGCAGUCCAGGUCUACACCGUCUCCGGCCAGAACAAGUACCUCAUGAUCGUAGAGGCGAUCGGGGCCAACGGCCGAUACUUCCGCUCGUUCACGGCCACCAGCCUCGGCGGGUCAUGGACCGCGCAGGCGGCGACCGAGAGUGCGCCCUUCGCCGGCAAGGCCAACAGCGGCGCCACUUGGACCAACGACAUUAGUCACGGCGAUCUGGUUCGCAGCAACCCGGACCAGACCAUGACUGUCAACCCGUGCAACUUGCAGCUGCUCUACCAGGGACGAAGCCCCUCUUCCAGCGGCGACUACGGUCUGCUACCUUACCGGCCGGGUUUGCUGACGCUGCAGCUGUAA